AUGGCGGCGGCUGGGAGCAGCGCGAGGGUGAGGCGGACGCGGACGGGAGAGCUCCCCCUCGUCUCCGGCGAGGGUGAGGCAGAGGCGGAGGUGGCCGCGGGGGUGGGGGAGGUGAACCGAUACGGGAGAAAGGCUGGACGGAGCCUGGCUUCGUGGGAACGACCACGUCCGGUGUUUCCAGCAAGACUGGCUAAGGGGCUCUAG